CACACCCCACCCAUCAUCAUCGCGCCCACGCCCAACUAAAACCCCACUUACGCGCACAAACAAAUCCGAAUUAACACACGACGCUAAAACGUCGCACGCACGCUCGCUCGCUCGUAGCUGCAGCCUCGCACGCCACGCCACACCACCGCGCGGCUGGUCGGUGCAAUGCGGCAGCGACGGUGCCAUGUGGCCGGCGCCACGCCGCUGCAGCUCGUCGCCGUCGCAGUACUCCUCGCGGCGGCGACGGCGGCGGGAGGGACGGUGGUGGGGAGGUGCACGACGUCGACGGCGUUGAGGACGUACGCCAAGUGCAUCGCGCUGCCGACGCAGGGCGCGACGCUGGCGUGGACGUACGACGCGCGCAACGCGACGCUGGACGCGGCGUUCACGGGGUCCUUCAUCUCGCCGUCGGGAUGGGUGGCCUGGGGCGUCAACAGGGACGCGCCGGCGAUGACCGGCGCGCGCGUGGUCGCCGCGUUCUCCGACCCCUCCACCGGCGCGCUCCUCGCGCUCCCGUUCGUCCUCUCCCCCGACGUCAAGCUCCAGGCCUCGCCGCUCGUGUCCCGCCCGUUGGACAUCCCGCUGCUCGCCUCCUCGGCCUCCCUCGUCGGCUCCGCGCGCACCGUCCGCGACGGCGCCACCGUGACCAUCGCCGCCACCAUCCGCCUCUCCCCGAACCGCACCAAGCUCCACUUCGUGUGGAACCGGGGGCUGUACGUGCAGGGCUACUCGCCGGCCAUCCACCCGACCGACGCCUCCGACCUCGCGUCGCACGCCACCGUGGACAUCCUGACGACGGCCACGGAGGCGUCGCCGACGGCGUCCGCCGCCCUGCAGUGGGCGCACGGGUCCCUGAACGCCCUGUCGUGGGGCUUCCUCCUCCCGAUGGGCGCGGCGGUGGCGCGGUACCUGCGGCCGUGCGCGUCGACGGGGCCGGCGUGGUUCUACGCGCACGCGGCGGUACAGGCGACGGGGUACGCCCUCGGCGCGGCCGGGUUCGCGCUGGGGCUGGUGAUGGGGUCGGCGUCGCCGGGGGUGACGUACAAGCUGCACCGCGGGCUGGGCGUCGCGGCGGCGACGGCGGGGAGCCUGCAGACGCUGGCGAUGCUGUUCCGGCCGAAGACGACGAACCGCUACCGCAAGUACUGGAAGUCGUACCACCACCUGGUCGGGUACGGGUGCGUGGUGGUCGGGGUGGUGAACGUGUUCCAGGGGUUCGAGGUGAUGGGCCUCGGCGCGUCCUACUGGAAGCUCGGCUACUGCAUGGCCAUGGCCACCCUCGUCGGCGGCUGCGUGGCGCUGGAGGUGAACGCCUGGGUCGUCUUCUGCCGGAGGCAGCAGGAGGAGAAGCUCAUGCGUAGGGAGGUCGAGGACGUCGUCGUCGUCAAGGACAGGGCAGCCGCCUUCUAGCCAUUACAUGCAUACGUACACAUGCAUGGCAUGACAGCGAUCAAUGUGUUCAAGAUGCAGCACACUGACGCCAAUCAAUCCAAGGGCACGAGCCUGGCACUGGUGUGUGAUUGUGAUUUUGCUACAGGAAAUGCUCUUUCUUGUGUCUUCGUUGAUUCUGUAUACGCACGUAUAGGAGCAAUUCAUGUACAAGUUGUUUCGGUCUCGACUUCCAACCAAGUUUAUCAGAACUAAACCUUGUGUACAGUAAUUUCAUGGAAACAUGGAAGAUGAUAG